GGGAACAUGACGCCUGACAAACUGCUGCACUCUGUUCGGGUUUCGUUAACGUGAUCCAUCAUGAUGGUGCUUAUUGAUUUUCCGGGUGUUUUGUUUGUUUGUUUUUAGCUGAAUUUAGAGAUCCAGCCCUGGCAGCGACCUAUAAAGGGUAGCUCGGGUAAAGUAAAGCAGGAUUUGUUUUUGUGUGUGUGUGUGUGAGAGAGAGUGUGAGUGUGUGUUGAGCGGAGCCGGAAGUAGGAGCUCCAUGGCAGUUGCGCUCUUGUUGAAGAGUUUGAAACAGCGCGAGUUGACCGAUGUGGACUGUCGGGGAUGGGAGACGAGCUCGGCGGCGUGAAUGUGGCCUCGGAGAAGAUGCUUAGUUUCCCCGGAGAAGCCGUCGGGGACGCGGCGGACGCGGCUGUCGAGGUGGAAGUUGAAGUUGGAGGGACGCGGAGCUGUGAUUUGGUCCAGGGAGACGCAGCGGGGACGCGGGGGGACAUGGACGGUCUGGACUUUCAGCGUCACAACAUCGACAGCAGGGACAAAGACCCGUGCAGGACAACGUCACCUGUGGAAAUCCUUAGGAGGAACUUCGGGAGGACGAAACCCGCCGGGGACAGUCAUGUGGAGACCUCCAGAGAGCUGGACAAAGUGGACUCCAUGUUGGAGAACUUGGACAUCAGAAGGUUGGCUCUGAACCGAACGACAAGAUCCUCUUCGGACGAGGAACGAGGAAGUAUCUCUGACUUCCCAGAUUUCUUCCCAUCCCUGGAUUUGGAAGAUCCUGAACUUCCUGUUUCGCCGGAUUCCACAAGUGCAGAUGAGCAUCAUCAUCAUCAUCAUCAUCAUCAUCACCAAUCCAAAGAGCACGUCUACUGCACCGUGUACUGCAUCGCCAACGACAACUACAGAAAACCUUCAGAAACCACCCAGUCGUCCGAGCGUGGGAGUCCGUCGACCUCGGAUCUGUCCGUCUUACCUUCUACGGACCUGUCCGGUUCGGAUCCCGAACAAGAACCCGAUGGUGACCCCGACUCGUACACGUUGAGCGACCUCGCAGAUCCUCCGGUGCUAAGCAACGUUCUCUACGUCAACAACAAGAUAUUACAGUGUCGCGUGUGUCUCAUCCCCAGAUCCAUCCAGUCCCUGCACUGCUGCAAAAAGCCAGUGUGUGAAGACUGUAUGAAAACAUACAUCAGUUCUCAGGUUGUCUCAGGCCUCGCAGAGAUCGUGUGUCCAAUCCCAGAGUGUAGCGGAUACCUGGCGGAGAGCGUGGUUCUGGCCCACCUGGCAUCCGAGCACGUGGCGAAGUACAAGUACUUCCUGGAGCUUGGCAGACUGGACUCGGGAACGAAGACCUGUCCAAAGUGUAGCCUGUUCACUUCGCUGAAGGGCCGCGGCCAGCCGGUGCAAAACAAAGACGAGCCCAAGUUCAAGAUCCAGUGCAGUAAGUGCGACUUGGUCUGGUGUUUUAGAUGCCACGCACCGUGGCACGAGGGUUUAAAGUGCCGCGAGUUCAAGAAAGGAGACAAGCUGCUGCGGAACUGGGCCAGCGUUAUCGAGUACGGCCAGAGGAAUGCCCAGAAAUGCCCACGCUGCAAGGUCCAUAUCCAGAGGGUUGACGGCUGCGAUCACAUGACCUGCACGCAGUGCAACACCAACUUCUGUUAUCGCUGCGGCGAGAGAUAUCGCCAGCUGCGUUUUUUCGGAGACCACACCUCCAACCUGAGCGUGUUCGGCUGCAAGUACCGCUACCUGCCCGAGAAACCGCACCUGCGCCGCCUCAUCCGCGGAUCCGUGUGCGCGAGUAAAGUGCUGGUGGCGCCGCUGCUAAUCGUCUUGGUGAUUGUGAUCGGAGCCUUGGCUCUAGUUAUAGGUCUGGUCGCAUUCCCUGUGUACUACAUCUGUGAGAAGAAUAAACACCCCAAUGGGAUCAGGCGAUGGCUAUGCUAAGACUGCACUGCUUCUGACAUACACACACGAACACAUUAACACACACUACACAGUGAUACGGACGAUGGGCGAUCGAGCUUCUGGGUUGUUUUUUUUUUCCCUUUACCUCCAACACACAGAUUGUUUUUAUCUUUAAUCUUUUUAGCGCGUAGAACGCUUUUAUCUGGACGUUUCAAUCAAUUAUUCAGGGAUUUGAUCUCUCUCUUACACACACACACACACAC